UUUCUCCUCCUCAUGAUAACAUCAAUAACAAUGUGAGGCUCUAAUUCUCUCAUCUCAAUAUCUCAUGGCCCAAAGAAGAAGACUUUGUUAGAACAUAUCAGAAACAAAUAAGAAAAAAGAGGGUGAUGAAGAAGAGACAAGAUCAGCCUCAAGAUGGUGUUAUUGAUAAGCGAGAGCUAGAGAUCAUCAAGGCCGUGGCACAAGCUCGGUACAGCCACUCGGAGAGCUUUCGACCGACGAAUGAGUUCGACGCGCGAAAGAGGAACUUCCGAGGCAUGCCUUCAAGAUUCAAGAUUGAAGCAAUGACCAAAUCGUCUAAUAAUAGUAUUGGCUCUUCUGCAAGUUCUUCUUGGGAUUUUGGCCAAUCCUUGUGGGACUCUUAUGAGAUUGUGACAGUCUCCAAAAAGUUAGAGACGGGUUUGGUAUUGGAUAGUCCGUUUUCGGAGAUGGAUAUUGGUCCGGGUCGAGUCCAUAGGAAGCGUAAAGAAAGUAAGAAUAGUCUUAGAAAGUUGUUCAUUCACAUGUCUUCAAGGAGAUUUAACGAGGCUAAAAUUCCGCGGGAUAAUGAUCAUUUGUGACUUUCUUUUUUUGUUUUUUGGUGUUAAUCU